GGUUUUGUAAUAUUGAUUUUAGGGAGUGAAAGUUCGGUAUAUGCAUCAUGGAAGGAAGAGAAGGUAUCAAUCCUGGGAUAACAGUUAUAGGUGCAGAAGCUCCAUCAGCUUAUCAUGUAGCACCAGGGACUGAAGCUCCAAACCAGGUUCAUAAACCUGAAGCAGUAUCAGCAGUGGUCACGGCAGGUGCCGCUGCUGAUGCUUCUGUUGUCGUUGUCUCACCGGUGAGUGUAGGUUUGGAUGGAUCAGUUAAGAAGAAGAGGGGUAGACCAAGGAAAUACGAGCCAAAUGGGUCUGUCAACAUGGCGUUGUCACCAUUGCCUAUCUCAUCUUUGGCUCCUCCUUCUACUAAUGACUUCUCGUCCGUGAAGCGAGGGAAACCACAGGGGAUGGAAUACAAGAGGGCAAAGAAAGUUGUGAUGGAUCAUCUUGAUAUUGUUGCUUUCUUUCCAAGUCUCAACUCAGUUCAUUUACAUAGAUUGUUGUUGGUGAAAGCUGAAGAAACUCUUUUUUUGUGGGAAAGAGAUUAUCUACCUAUCGAUUCUGGUGUUGUGCUUCUAGAUAUCGCUUUUGUUCCUGAAGACCCUUACCAUAUCGCUUUUAUCAUAGCAGACAAUGAGUAUAUUGGUCUGAAUGAGUGCAAGUUCUUCCUCAAAGACAUUGUCAACUCAGGAAGUCAGUUUCCUAUAUGGAUUCACCAAAUAUCAUAG